CGUUAUUAGCUUGUGUGCACGUUUUUUGCACGCAAUGUAAACAAAAAAGCAAUUUUUCGCUAGUAGAUAUUACAUUUGUCCGUAAUUUUUAAAAUUAUUCGAGAUUAAGAUGUCUGGAAGCGAAUCUGAAUUAGAGGAGCUAUCCGAUCAUGUUGCUUCGCUGAAAAGACUGAAAUCUAAAGACCCAGAAUUCUACGAAUUUCUCAAAACUAACGACAAGGAUCUAUUGAAUUUCAGAGAAUCUGAAAGUGAUGAUCAUGAUUCAGAAAAUAAUGAGGUUAAAGAAGAUGACAACGAUGAAAUCGAAGAAGAAGCUCUGCAGGAAUCAAUUUCCGUCAAUAAAUUAGAAUACAUCAAAGAAAACAUUCGAGAAAAUCCCUCAGUGAAACUCUGCAAGGCCUUGAUUACAGCCUUUAGAACUGCUGUACACCAAGCCGAUGGUUCGAAUGAAAAAGCUAACAUGAAGAAUAGUGAACUGUUUAAUGAGGUAAUUAAAUUGUGUCUCAUCGAAUUAUAUCCAGCUUUGUGUAGUGUUUUGAAACUUUCUAAGGAGGAAUCUAAAAAGAAGAAAGAUCCAACUCAAUCUAAACUUUGGAAGAAAAUGAUGAUGCCCAUAAAGUCUUAUCUCAUUGAUUUGCUGAAAUUGUUUUCGAUUAUGAAUAAUUCCCAUAUCACAACUUUGCUAUUAAAACACACUGUUCAUUUAAUUCCAUUUUAUGCUGUGUUUAUUAAGUUGGCGAGAAACCUCGUGAAAAAAAUGAUUGUGUUAUGGAGUGGCGAAGAAGAAACCGUGAGAGUUUUAUCGCUGAUUAUAAUUGUUCGAUUGACAAGAACAUUUUCAAAAGAGUACCUUAACCAAGUCUUAAAGGAAAUGUAUUUUGCUUACAUUAAAAAUACCAAAUUUACUUCCCCAACAACUUGGCCAAUGAUAAAUUUCAUGAAGCGUUCUUUGACAGAAGUUUACAGUUUGAAUGCAGAAAUAGCUUAUGAACAUUCAUUUAUCUAUAUUCGUCAGUUAUGUAUACAUUUACGUAAUGCUAUAACAACGAAGAAGAAGGAAGCUUUCCAAACUGUGUACAAUUGGCAAUAUGUACAUUGUCUUAUGCAUUGGUCACAUUUGCUAUGCAGACUCUAUGAACUUGAUGCUAUUAAAACUCUAAUUUAUCCUCUUGUGCAAACCAUCGUUGGCACAUUAAAUUUAAUCCCAACCGCAAGAUAUAUUCCAUUGCGGAUUCAUCUUGUUAAAAUUUUGAUGUUUAUCUCUGAAUCGACUGGUACUUUUAUUCCAACUUUACCGUUUAUUCUUGAAAUCUUGACGAUAAUCGACUUUAACAAAAAGUCUAAUUUCAGCAUUAAACCUUUAGAGUUUUCUUGCGCAUUGAAGGUUACUAAGUCACAGUUAGUAGAAGCAGGUUUCAAAGAUGCCAGUUUAAAUGAAGUAUGCAAUUUGCUGAUGGAAUACUUGAAAAUAUACUCACAUACUAUUGGUUUUCCUGAACUUGCUCUGCCUGCUGUUCUGCAGAUUAAGAGUUUCAUGAAGCUGUGCAGAGUGCCCAAGUAUAACCAACAAUUAAAAGCCAUACUGAUAAAAAUUGAAGAGAAUAGCUUUUUCAUAUCUGAAAAGCGAAGAUUGGUUCAUUUUCAACUUAAUGAUAAUCAGGAGAUAAAGAGAUGGGAGGAGGAUGUGUUGAAAUCUAGCACGCCUUUGCUACGUGACCUGAAAGAUAAUAAACCAGCGACUGAUGAAGUUCAGUCGAAAAAGAAAACUGUCGCUGAUGAGGUUUCUCCAAAAAAGAGAAAAGUAACAGAAGUUUCUCAAAAAAAGAAAAAAGUAACUGAUGAAGUUUCUCAAAGAAAGAAAAAAUUAGUUAAUGGAGUUUCUCAGAAAAAGAGAAAAGUAACUGAUGAAGUUUUACAUAAAAAGAAAAGAAAACUUUUGAAAUAAAGUUAAUUUUACUCAAUUUCAUUUGACAGAAUGAAAGAAAAAGUACUAAGUCUUUUAAUGUAUGAUCAAGGCUAUAUAAAAAAUAUUAACUGAUAAAUUUCUUUUUAUUUUGGAUGUCAAGUUAUUAUUAAAUUAAGGAAAAUUCUCAGUCAUUUUUUUAUACUGAUAAUUAAAAUUAUUUUGUUUGAUAUGAAUCCAAAUUUAAAAAUAUUUCCUCAUAUUGUAUAUUUUCAAAAUAAGGUAGUUAUUUAUUGAAAAAAUAAUCGCUAGAAACUGAAGCGAUAUGAUAUUGCUUGAUUAAAAACUUCAUUCACCUCAAAAAUAAAUGUAUUUUUUAAGGUGAAUGAAGUUUUUAAUCAAGUAAUAGUCAAUUAUUAGUUGAUACACUCAGAAUUGUUUUAACAUACUUUAUUAUAUUGUUUUUAUAUACUUAAUUAUUUAUAAAGUUGGGGUUCAGCUGAAACGAAUUUUAUCAUAUAAAGUUCUGUAUCUGGGAAAAUUGGUCUAUGUAACCUGAAACUAAAAAAAAUAUUUACACUAUUUUUUAAAAGUUAUUGUUCAAAUUUAGCUAAGUAAAUGUUUUAUUUAGGUUAAGCAAGAAAUAUAUCUGUACCAAUAAUUUUUUAAAAGCUUACUUAGUCAGUUAUCUAUAUUUAAACUAUUUGUUGAAAUCUCCUUUAAAAAAGAAAUUAUGCAUUAAAUAAUCAGUACUGAACUUUUUUUUAGCCUAAAAUGUGACUAAAUUCUUUGUUUUUGGUGAAGAGAGAAUUAUAUAGUUUGUAAUUCAAUUUAAAAUGAAGUUUUUAGUUGAAUACAAUGUUUUGAUUAUGAUUAUAUAUAACUAUGCGUACAGCUGAAUAUAUUUCCUGCCUGUUUAUAACCGUUUACUUAGUUUUAUCAGAAAUAAAUUAUUUCGAUAAUUUA